ACAAGAAAACAACGGCUGCAAGGAUGCGGUUGUUCGCUGCUGUACAGCCACAAGUUCGGUUGCUCGGCCAGCUGAAGGCUGAGCCACGGGACCGAACCUUUCUGCACCUAGGCUUACGCUCACGUCCGGGACUACGAGGGUGCGUGCUAAAUAGCACAUUUUUGGACCACGAGGCAGAAACACACGAACUACCAGUUGAUGGGUUUAGAAAACACAAGGAUGACCUUGAUGAGAUGCCACACAUGAUUGAAUCCAUCAGAGGAGCACUGAGGUCAAUGAGCGGGGGCGAGAUUAGUGUGUCUCCUUAUGAUACAGCCAUGGUGUCACUUGUCAAGAACCUAGACGGAGGAGAUGGGCCACAAUUCCCAUCGACCAUUGAAUGGAUCGUCCAGAAUCAGCUUCCAGAUGGUUCAUGGGGUGAUGGUGCCUUUUUUAUGGUCAGAGACCGGAUCAUCAACACCCUAGCAUGUGUUGUGGCAUUGACGUCUUGGAAUAUUUACACUGACAACUGCAAGAGAGGUUUGUUGUUUAUCCGACAAAAUAUGUCGAGGUUGGCUGGCGAGGAUGAUGAUUGGAUGCUAGUCGGCUUUGAGAUUGCCUUCCCCUCACUUCUAGAUAUGGCCAAGGACCUAGAUCUGGAUAUCCCUUAUGAUGACCCUGCACUGCAAGCAAUAUAUGCCAAGAGAAACUUAAAGCUCGCUAAGAUUCCUACGGACAUACUGCAUGAAACACCAACGACUCUACUUCACAGCAUAGAGGGAAUGGUAAACUUGGACUGGCAAAAGCUGCUUAAACUCCGGUGUUUGGAUGGAUCCUUUCAUUCGUCACCUUCUGCCACAGCUUUUGCUCUAGAGCAUACAGGCGACAAGAAAUGCCUUGAAUUCCUUGAUGGAAUCAUAGAAAAUUUUGCUGGCGCAGUGCCCUGUAUCUACCCCUUGGAUGUGUAUGAGCACUUGUGGGCGGUUGACCGCUUGAUGCGACUAGGCAUAUCCAGGCACUUCGUAAGCGAAAUUGAGGGCUGCUUAGAGUUUGCCCACAGGCACUGGACUCAAGAAGGAUUGGCUCAUACAAAGAACUGUCCAGUGAAGGAUAUUGAUGACACAGCAAUGGGCUUUCGACUUCUCCGUCUUCAUGGUUACCAUGUCAAACCAUGUGUUUUUAAGAACUUUGAGAAGGAUGGGAAGUUCUUCUGUCUGCGAGGGGAGUCAAACCCAUCUUCUGUCACCCCCAUGUACAACACUUACCGGGCAUCCCAGUUUGCAUUUCCCAGCGAUGAUGCUGUCAUUGGGCGGGCUGAGGUCUAUUGUCGCAGGUUCCUCGAAGAGAGAAGAGCCUCAAACAAGCUCAAGGACAAGUGGGCAAUCGCAAAGGACAUCCGAGGCGAGGUUGAGUACGCACUGGAUUACCCAUGGAAAGCAAGCUUGCCACGAGUUGAAACAAGGAUGUACUUGGAGCAAUAUGGAGGCAGUGCUGAUGUGUGGAUUGGGAAGGUCCUCCAUAGGAUGACCCUCUUCUGCAACGACCUGUAUCUCAAGAUGGCCAAAGUUGAUUUCAACAGAUUCCAAGUACUCUGCCGACUUGAGUUGCAUGGCAUGAAAGAGUGGUAUUCUAGGAAUAAUCUACAGAAGUAUGGUGGACCUCCGACGAAGAGCUUGCUGACAGCUUACUUCUUAGCAUCAGCAAACAUCUUUGAACCAGAACGAGUAGCAGAGCGUCUUGGUUGGUCUCGCACUUUGGUGCUUGUGGAUGUCGCCUCUUCUUACUUCCGACGCAUUGGCGGAGCAAAAAAUUCAAGGGAGAAUCUUGAUCGGCUUAUCGACCUCGUAGCAUUUGGCAACUCUAAUUCCGACAGUCUUCGUAAAGCUUGGAAGCAAUGGCUCAUGGCAUGCGAUGGGAAGGAUAGCCAGGUUUCAUGGGAUGGGGACACUGCACUGUUGCUGGUUCGCGCGAUUGAGAUCAUCUCAGGGCGGCAUGCUCGAAUUGCUGAAAAUGAUAACCUAUCGGAGUAUUCUCGGCUAGAGCAGCUCACUUCUUCCAUCUGCGAUAAACUUUCUGCAAGGGUUCUUGUCCAGAAUGGGAAUAUCCAAGAUUUGGACAAUCAGGUGGAUUCGGAGAUGCAGGAGAUCACACAGCGCGUUCUUGAAGGGAGUAACGGUAUCAACAAAUUGAGCAGGCAAACAUUUCUCCACGUGGUGAAGAGCUUCUGCUACGUUACACAUUGCUCACCUGAGACAAUUGAUAGCCACAUCAGUAAGGUCAUAUUCCAGGAUGUUAUAUAAGGAAAUCCUGCCCUCCACCCACCCACCACCACCAAAACACCGCAACGUCCUCCCAUAUCCAAAAUUAAUGUAUCAUUUCUGGUCCUGAUAAUACUUAUGUCAACUGGUUAUGUGAUCCUAAGAAAUAAACGUGUCCACAUGGCAGUGCUCGUUGUUCAAUACUUAGUUGAGUUAGUGUUGAAUAUCAUGCACAAGAAGGGUCACGUAAGGACUAUCGUUCUAUUUUUAUUUAUUUUUUGAUGGAAGAGUAUCGUUCUAUUUUAUUUUAUUUUCACGGAAGACUAUCGUUUUAAUGUACAGGGUCCCUUUAAAAAAAGGAGUAAUGCUACAUCUACAAAGGCUUAUUUAAAGAUUUUACGUACAAACUGAUGUGUAAGAUUGUGAUUGGUAAUUGAGGGAUGAUGGCCCCACCUUCACUGAAAAUCAGGGGGAGAGAAGAAUUAGUUUGAAAGGCUAAGUAAACCUUUGUAAGU